UCUGCUAACCUUAAUUCGGUACCGGUCCUUAAUGGUAAUAACUUUAAGGACUGGAAGGAGAACAUUUUUAUUGUUCUUGGCUGCAUGGAUCUUGACCUUGCAUUAAGGAUGGAUCGUCCUGCUUCUCUUACGGAUACCAGUACCUCCGAGCAAAGGAGGAUUUAUGAGAAGUGGGACCGUUCAAACCGCAUGAGUCUUAUGAUCAUUAAGCGCGGCAUACCUGAGGCUUUUAGGGGUGCGGUGUCCGAGGAGGUCACCGAUGCCACAACUUUCCUUGCUGAAAUUGAGAAGCGCUUUGCAAAAAGCGAUAAGGCGGAAACAAGUACUCUUUUAAAGAAACUUAUUUCCAUGAAGUUUAAGGGCAAGGAAAACAUAAGGGAGUACAUUAUGGAAAUGUCUCACCUUGCUUCAAAGUUGAAGGCACUAAAGCUUGAGCUUUCGGAUGACUUGCUUGUGCAUUUAGUGCUUAUCUCUCUUCCUCCACAAUUCAGUCAAUUUAAAGUCAGUUACAACUGCCAAAGGGAGAAAUGGACUCUUAAUGAGCUCAUUUCAUUUUGUGUUCAAGAGGAAGAAAGAUUGAAGCAAGAAAAGACUGAAAGUGCUCAUUUGGCAAGCACCUCUAAGGAUAAGGGCAAGAAAAGAAAGAAUGAGGCUGCUAAGGAUAAAGGUCCUGCACAUAAGAAACAAACUCAAACCAACAGUGAUGAUGGUUGUUUCUUUUGCAACAUGAAAGGACACAUGAAGAAGGAAUGUGCUAAGUAUAUUGCAUGGCGAGCAAAGAAAGGGUUGCCUGAGUUGCCGAAAGCCAAAUGAUGCUGAAAGAAGCAUUUAUGUGGGAGAUGGCAAGUCGGUAAAUGUGGAAGCAAUAGGGCAUUUUAGGUUGUUGUUAAGUACUGGUUACUAUUUGGACUUAAUAGAUACUUUUGUUGUACCGUCUUUUAGACGGAAUUUGGUUUC